CAGAGCAAAAAAACUAGAACAGGUUUUCACAUGGCUCUGACCGCUCUCAGUGUUCUCUCUGAUGUGAUGACACCUUUGACUUAACCUAAUAAUGGAGGAAACUAAACAGUUUUUUUUGUCAGUCAAUCGACGUAUAUUUAGCAAUUGGACAGCAUUACGCUUGGCAGUAGAAAAUGAUAUGGGUCCGUUAGAACAAGCAAUAGAGUUCUGUUCGUAUACAACAGAUCUAAUAUAUAUGAAUGAAGAUAUAACUAUUAGUGAACUUGCUGAGGAGCUAGAAGGAUACAUGGAUGAUCAGUUUAACACUGAAGUGCAUGAUGACAGUUGUACAGCAGUGGCAACUGACUUAUUAAAAUUUUUCCAUUAUUGUACAAAAGGGGACGAAUCUAAUGCAAGAGAAGAUCUCGAGAAAUUGCCACCAGAGCAACCUUGGCUCUCCAAAAGUCCUCCGCAAUAUACUCAUCCUGUGCCGGUAAAACACAAUAGUAGUUCAGAGGAAGAUAUGGAAGUUGAUGUAAAUGAAAAAGACGAUGGAUGGACAAUGGUAAAAAACAGACGGAAUAGAUAACUUACAAAAUAAAUUUCAUUGUUUCUUUUAUUUUGUACAAAAGAUACUUUACUCAGCAUUGAGAUAUAAAAAGACAUGGAAAGACAUACAAAGAGAAAAAGAAGGCCAGCUCAUUCGUUCCACAGUCAUACAUCAUUUCAAUGAUGAAAUUUAUCUACAAUAUUUUUUUACCUAAGCAUUCUUUUUUAUUAGUCUCUCUAUUAUUUACCGAGAGCUUUCU